AUGGCGUGGUCAAAAGCGGUCAUACCGGCCCUCCUAGCCUUCCCAGCCACGAUAGCAACCGCCGGCUUCACCGCAUUCAAGGACUCGCAGUGCACCCAGCCGCUGAAGAUCAUAUCAGAUGGAGAGGAGGUCGUGAACAACACGCUCCAGACCGACCGGUCGAUCAUGGACUGGACCGACGCUGCGGGACGAUGGUACGACGCCAUGGAAUACUCCAACGCGACCUUGUCGGGGUCAAUGAGCGGCACAGGGUCGGCGAACGUGUAUUGGAGCGUGGGAGACCUGGACCCGGGCUGCCAGCUCAUCCUGAUGAAGGAUGUCGAACAGGCAUGGCAGACGAUAAACCCACUGCCAGGGAAUCUCAUCCUUAGCGUAGCCAUGCCUGGGUGCUACUAUUCGUCGCUAGUACCACAAGAGGGUCUAAUCACCAGCUUCUGCUGCGGCAACGACGACUGUGAGCGAGUCCAGCUCGAAAGCAAUGGCGGGAGCCAGAAGAGAUCAGUCGACAAAGUAGCCGUCGAUGAACGGUACCUUGUCGAUCCUGCACAGGAAAAGGCAGACAUCGCCAAGCGUGCCCCCAUCUCCAAUGCCGGUCGCGCGGUCGACUACGUGAAGGCCGCGAGGAGAUUCAUCUCCGGCGACCCCCUUGUCAAGCGUGACGAUGUGCCCGAGUGUACCAUCUCAGGAGAUCCUGGAAGUCCCUACUACACCAGCGGGAUCCAGCGUUCCGUGACGCAGCCCGAGACCUGCGACACGGGUCCCGGAACGUGCUCGCACUCUGUCUCGGUGAGUACGGAGGCUAGCACGGCCCUGUCAAAGUCGUCGUCAAGUUCCUGGACCGUUACUGGCGGAGGCUCCGUCAGCGUCGAUGCCGGAGUCGACUUCAUUGUCGAUACCAAGGUCACGACAACCCUAAGCUUCAGCGUUGCCAAGGCAUGGAGCAACGAGACGGGGACGACACUGACGACGGGCACCACAAACGGGACGACGCAGACGUUGGUGCAGCAGGUCGGGACCACGGCUUUUCUCUCGUUUACGCCUCAAUACGAGUGCUGGCAGAGCGAUGCUACCUGUGGUCAGGACGCGGACGGUAACGAUAUCGUUGUUCAGGGUGUCGACUUUUGCCAGCCAUUGACUGGAGGCGAUGGGAAGCUGUCGGGAACUUACAGUGUGGUGUAUAUCUCGAACUGA